UUAUAUACCGGAGCAGACAGUCUGAAUAGGUGCAUCGGUUCAGGCUGCGCAUCUUCCUGAGUGCCUGAGCACAGUUUGGGGAUUCUGUUCAAAGUAUAUCUUGUUUUUUUUAAAAAAAAUAUACAAAUACAGAAAUACAUAUUUCUGUUUUUUUUAUUGGCUUCUCUUUAAACUGCUGCCUCAACCUUGUUCUAUUCAUUUUUGUCUUCAAUUUGAUCUAUCUGUUACACGUUGAGAGGAAAGGUUGUCUGCGGGGUACUCAGCUUGAGGAAAACAUGUGUUAAUGUGCUGCUGAGGUACUCUAGCAGUCAGAAGCCAAGUGCCCUUAUAUGUCACAAGGUGAGAACUGGAAGUUGGGACCAUCUAUCUGCAUUUUGAAAAGAUUCAACACUGUAGGAAGUUCUUCUGGUAUGCCAUCAAGGUCCCUCCUAGAGGAAAAUGUCAAGUAAGUCAGUGACCAGUAAUGUGACCAAUAAAAAUGACCCCAAGUCCAUCAACUCCAGAGUCUUCAUUGGUAACCUAAACACAGCCAUUGUGAAGAAGGCAGAUGUGGAGGCCAUCUUUGGGAAGUACGGCAAGAUAGUGGGGUGCUCUGUACACAAAGGAUACGCGUUUGUGCAGUACGUGUUUGAACGGAAUGCCCGAGCUGCAGUGGCUGGAGAGCACAACAGGAUAGUGGCCGGGCAGCCUUUGGACUGCUUCCCACCGCGCAUCCGCCUCCAGCCCGGAGGGCGAGACGCUCUGGACUGGCGCCACCUCUACCGCCUUCACUCUGCGAUCAGCUGGCAGGAUCUGAGACUUGAGCAGGAUAUAAACAUGGCUGGUGAACCCAAACCGUACCGACCCAAAGCUGGACAGAAAAGGCCUGUCAGCGCUUUGUAUGGAACUGGCUAUGACUUUGACUAUGACUAUUACAGAGAUGGAUUCUAUGACAGGAUGUACGACUACCACAGGGUCCCCCAGCCAAGCCGGGCAGUGCCAGCUGUCAAGCGCCAGCGCGUCAUGGUCUCCGUUCCCCGGAGAAGCAAGGGCAGCUUCCCCGUCAAGAGUGGACCGAAGUCAAGUUCCACCCCGCCCCCAUCAGCUGGGACAAAAUUGAAAGCUGAUGACCUGCAGACAAUAAAGAAAGAGCUCACCCAGAUAAAGUAUCGCAUCGACAGUUUGCUGGACAGUCUGGACAGGAUGGAGAAGCAACGCAAAGCUUCACCAGAGACCAAGGCGGAGACGCUGGUCACGAAAGACCGUAACCCUGGUGGCGGCGUGCCGGAUAACCGUGACGACGCAACGGCUGAUGAGCAGACGGAGGGUGACACUGUGGACGGCGCCGAGCUGGAAGGAGACGAAAUCCUGGAGGAGGGUGAUGGAGUGGAGGACGACUUUGAUGAGGAAGGCACGGAUGAGCUGAUGAAUAAUCAUACUUUGGAUACAUCAGGCACACAAUAGAACCAGGCCUUGCAAGCAUCAGGGUUCAGUGAAUAACAGCAAACAGGGAAACCAGAUGACUAGAUAAGAAGCAAAGAGGCAGCUGCAGCUUUCAUCAACUUCACUGAACAAGGCACAGCCCAGAACCUUCCGGAGCGUUUGGAAGUAGUCUCACCAUCGGCUCCGGUGCGCGCACUGCCUUUUCCCAAAAACUCCACUUCUUCCUUUCUCUGAUUUCGACUGUAUUUGGGAGGACCGGCAUCCCAUUUGUAUUAUAGCUGUACAUUUCUCCCCACCUCCACCCACCCC